GUCACAGCUACACACACAGCAGCUACACUGAGCCUCCGCUGCCUGAGAGCAGCCGCUUUAUAAAGAGCUAAAUUUACUGAACCUUACGUUGUUUCCUGAGCUCUCACAAUUGGCCAGGCGCGCUCGGGUUAGAGGGUUAUAAGAGGUUUGGAGGACGUCCUUCCACUUUUAAAACUUCAUGUUCAUGUGCUCGGAGCGCAGCUGUGGAGAGCGACAGUAAGAGACAGAGACAGAGAGAGACAGAGAGAGACGCGCAGAGUCUCUGGUGCGACUCAACAAGAGAUUUUGACAAGAAAUAGUUUGUUAUUUCACCAAAACGAUGGCCUUAUCCGGAGUGAUGCUACCUUCAUUUUCCACCUUCUCAAACCAAAGAGAAAAAACCUGGGAAAACAGGUGGAAAGGAGACAUGGACAGACUAGUCUCCAGCAGCUGCUCCAUGCUUGAGAUGGUACACAACCUGGACAAUCACAGCAAAAGGGACGACGAGGAUCUGAGUAACUAUUUGGAUCUGGAUUUUAUUCUCGCCAACACGACCGGCUCCGAGAGCAGCGGAGCGGACUUUGUGAACACAGACCCGGGCAUGUACACACCGGGCUCCUCGGUGCCUUCCUACCCGGCGGAGGAGCACCGCUCCCCGCCUCCGCCCUACGGCCUCAGCCUCAUGACGGAGCUGCUCCGCUCCGAAGGAACCAACAACAACAACUACGGCGUGACGCGCAACAACUCCUGCGUCCAGGGGAGAUUUUACGUCAACACGUCCGCGCAUUUCCCCCGCCACCAGGAGAUCAAAGUGGAGCCGCCCAUGGACGGUUACGGCCCCGUUUUGGGCAUGGUGCCCCAGAGCUGCAGCAGCAAAAUCAAGCAAGAGGGCAACGUUUCGUGCAUGAUGUCCUUCGAACAGCCCCGGGUGGCCAUCUCCCCGCGGGCAUCCAGCAACAUGACACCGCCUCUCAGCCCACAAGACCAGGCAGCUUCCGACUUCUCAUCCAUGAACUUCUCUCAGAAGUACCACCACGGUGCACCGGCAGCGGCUUUCCCACACCACCCUCAGGCUCCACACAUGCAGAUGCCCUAUCACGCCCAGCACACCGCCGCAUUUGGCAUGUACGACGAAGGUCUGAGCCUGCAGCCAGGGGGCGCUCAGAGGGUGAUGCUCACACCGCCCUCCUCUCCGCUGGAGCUGCUGGAGGCCAAACCCAAGAGGGGACGGCGCACGUGGCCGCGUAAGCGCACGGCGACGCACACCUGCACCUACGCCGGCUGCGGGAAAACCUACACCAAGAGCUCACAUCUGAAGGCACAUCACCGAACUCACACCGGUGAGAAGCCGUAUCACUGCAGCUGGGAAGGCUGUGGAUGGAAAUUCGCCCGCUCCGAUGAGCUGACCCGCCAUUUCCGCAAACACACCGGACACAGGCCCUUCCAGUGUCACCUGUGUGAACGCGCCUUCUCCAGGUCUGACCACCUGGCGCUUCACAUGAAGAGACACAUGUAGAAGGAGCCCACAUAAAGGACUUGGGAAGGGGGUUGUUAUUUUUUUUAAAAUUGUGAUUCAACUGAUGUAUUUUUUAUUUAAAAUUGUUGACCAAACAUGACCAAAGUCUUUUUUUUAUAUAAUAUUGAAUUAAAAAGUUUUAUUGGUAUUAUUUUCUAAUAACGUAGCUGGUACUACUUUGGUUCAAUAAAAAGCUUUAGAAAAGCUGUGUUUGCUUUAGAGCAGGCAGACCAUGGAAGGGGCUGGCCCUGUAUAUAUACUACUACUCUCCUUUUGACAGAACUGGAACGCUGUGUUUGACACAAAAGUGCCUUUCUAUGACUGUGCUACUGUAAAACUCUUACGACAUGGCCUCAAAACAGUACAUGUUGUUAUUGACAGGGGUGAAAUGCACAUACAGAUGCCUAACGUGCAGAGACAAUGUUUUAUUUAAACUGCCUCAAUGUCUGAAUGGCCUGAACUGCUUUAUUUUAAUUCUUGAAUUUCUUGGAUCCAGCACCCUCUGUUCACUAUCAGGGCUUGAUGUCCUGUGCAUUAUAUUUCACUUAAAUUUAUAUAAAUAUGUACAUGGUUUUAUACUGUAAUAUGUGUAUUUAUUGUAAAUAUUAAAAACAAUGAAAUUGAA